AUGUUCAAAGGUUCUUCAAAAGUCUGCCGGCUCUUGCAAUUUGAUCACAACUGCGAGUUGAUAGCAUCGGCAGAUUUGUUACUGCGUUCAAUGCCUCAAACAUCUAUGCUGCGCCGAUUUUCACCAUCGUGGCCCUACAAAACUAUACCUCAGCUCCCAGGAACUACGCAGGACGGGGCCUUCCAACGGCUCGAGAGUCAGAUGACAUCCUCAGGUUUCGAUCAAAGGAGCUAUUCGUUUCAACUACUCAAAACUAGUCACGUACCAAGGAAGAGUGCUAGCGCGGAUCCAAGGGAGUUUGACCUUGACUCGACUAGUUUGUGGAAUCCCAUUUCACACCGUGGAUGUUACAAAUUUUGCAUGGAUCAUGACGGCUUUUCGAGGAUUGCUUCGCACUCCCAGCACGUAUAUCUCAUCAUUGUUGCUCAUAAUGCGGCAAACAUACGGAUACCACUCAAUGCAACCUUUCCAGCUACACCACAGCAGACAUUUAAUGGCAUGUUGCACUACCUCAGCGUACGGCACCUGCGCCAAAGUAAUGUUCCGACUCGACUUCUAGAUUGUCUGCUCAUCAUGAUGGCCCUGUGCAUUGGCAUCUCGUCGCAGUUGAUGGAUAUUCGGAGGCUAUUACCCAAGAAUGCAUCAUCUGUUGCUGUAGACACAUGCUUUAUCGCCGGCAGAGCCGCAUGGUUAUGUUGUGAUUUGCCAAAGUAAUCACAGUGGUUGAGUGAUUCUGAAUCGAGCGAAGAGCCCUUUUGGAACGGUCUGGUGUAUCGGCUGAUAUGAUGAAAAGUACGAGGCACAAAGGGGAGCAUUCAAAAUUUUGGAUGUCAAGAAGAAAAUUGUUGUCUAGAGUGUGGACUGUCCUUACAAUUCACCUAGCACCAUAUCUCAC